AUGGCUGAACUGACUCCGGACAAGUGGGCAGUACUGUUGGACACGCAGGGUGGACUGCGGGCCAUGGCGGCACGCACCAACAUGCAGGUCACAGACUGGUUCCGACAUGACUGGGCCCUCUAUUGUAACAUCGUGGCUGUCGAUUUUGUCCGCAGUUCAGUUCAUGAUCGCUACAAAUCUGCCAAGUCAGUGGAGGAACAAAUCAAACUCUACUCGACCUAUCUUAGAACAAACAGACUCUACAGGUCGAAGGUUACUGACACAAAAAGGGCCCACAAUGUACAGUUCAUUGAAAAUUCCCCAAACCCCUGCAAGGCUGCUUGGGAAGUGGUUAACGACUCUAGAUCUAAAAAGCCUAAAGUUGUCAGUUCUUCGAGUCCAGACUCCUUUAACAACUUUUUUGUCGACACUGUAGAAGAAAUUGUGUCAAGCAUACCAGCUGGAUUACAGGACCCGUUAAAUUUUAGAACUAUAAAUUCCGAGCAUGGCCAGGGCCCUUGCCUGAGCCAAUGGAAAGAGGUGACCCCAUCAGAGGUAGUCAAAAUUGUUAAAAACUUCAAAGCAUCAAGUAGCCCUGACAUCUACGGAGUGUCAUGCAAGGUAUUAAAGGCGGUGAUUGAUACUGUGGCGGUUCCUCUGUGUACAGCUAUAAACAGCUGCCUUAGACAGGGUGUUUUUCCUGCCAAAUUGAAAGUUGCACGUACUGUGCCUAUCUUUAAAAAGGGAAAUGCAGAAGACAUUGCAAACUACAGGCCUAUCUCUGUCCUCCCGAUAAUGUCUAAGGUGCUAGAGAAACAAUUCUAA